AUGAACCCAGAGUUUCUAAAAGAAUUUAUUGAAAUGUAUAAGUCUUUACCUUGCUUGUGGAAAGUAAAAUGUUCUGAUUACUCCAAUAGGCAGAAAAAAGCAGAGGCAUACGAAAAACUAACCGAUCUUUGUAAAAGGGUUUGUCCCUCAGCAACUGUAGACCUUGUUAAACAUAAAAAAUUGCAAAUUUACGAACAGUAUUCAAGAAAGAGUUAAAGAAAGUAGAGGCAUCAAUAAAAUCUGGUGCUUCUGGCGAGGACAUCUACAUACCACGUCUGUGGUACUUUGACCUUCUGAAAUUUACCAUCAAUCAGGAUGUACGCAUACCAUCUGUAUCCCACUUUCCUGACACAUAUGAAAUGCAACAAGAGGAAGAAAACACAAAUGAUAGCCUAGAAAGUGCUGGAGAAAGUAAAAACUUCUCCCAGGUUUGUAUUCGUCCCCAAAUACAUGAAGUAAUUGAAAUGCCCCAGCAAGUCCCUCCGAUUCAAAACCAAAAAAGACGGAGGACCGUAAAUGAGGAGCUGAGCAGACAGCUACUUAAUGAAGCAACUGCAGUUCUCAACCAAAAAGAAGACGAGUUUGAUGCAUUUGGUGUUACUGUUGCAGCAAAGUUACGCAAAAUGGAUGAAAAACAAAGACUAUUAUCAGAGGUUCUUAUCACUGAUAUUUUGUUUAAAGGGAUGAUGAAGAAACUCACUGAAGAAACAAGUAUUUCUCUUUUCCAAAGUCCUCACUAUUCUUGUCAAAUACCUGGUUGCUCCAAUUCAGUUGACUAUGCUUUUUCAAGUGCUCAUCAACCAACUUUACUGCGACAAGAUUUUGUCUCCCUGAACCAUGAGUAUAACUGUACUAGUACACCUGCCAGGGCAAGCACUUCAUUUUGUUUAUCAACAAUGCCUGUUUCUCAAGUAACAGAAUCUUCUCCUUACAAAGAAGAACAUUUAUAA